AUAUUUCCAUGGUCAAAAGCCAUGGCACCACCAGAAGAACCGUCUGCGCGGAUACGAGUAAUGAGAAAUAAGAAGUUUCGAGCUUUGGAAAUGCUUGGCGGUUACCUAGACACUUCCGUACGUAUUAUCGGUGUGGUAUUCCUGGCGGACCUCAUUCGGCGCCUGGCUCUCAGCGUAAUUGAAUAUUUUCAGUUCUCGCGUUACUAUUUGCCAGAGGAUCGUCUGUGGGUUAUACUGAGACGAUCGCUUAUAUACAAUAAAAGCAGCACCUUCAUAUUUCUGGGCUUCGUUGUCCUAGGAUUCAAUCGAUUUUCUGCAACGGGAAAUUACAAAUCGCUAAUUCCCACGGCCAUGUACUUGGCCCAAAUGCCGCUGUACUGGCUGCUUUUCAGCGGUCUUGGAGGCAGUACACUAUCUUAUUCCCACUGGAUAAGGGAACCACAUGGACUCGAUUAUGCUUCGGGAAUGGCAUCGAAUUACUUUCACGGCUAUUUGAACCUUUCUCUGCCCGAACGACAGGGCGAAGGCCUUCAACACCGCAUGGCAGUCUAUGAAGAAACACAUAACAUCACGUUUGGACUGCACCGACUGAUCAUUCUCAUUCCAGACGAAAUGUUUGUAAAUGGCAUCAUCGAAAGCGAUUUACUGGGAAAGUCGAACCAUUGGAAACAGUACACAUAAAACGGGCUGGUGUCGAUCGUCCUUAUAAACAUGCUGUCUACAAACUGAAACGCAAGAUCGAUGGAAAAAUCUAUUACUUUGCUAUCGAGGGUGCCACACCAAUGUUAUCCUUCUUCGAUUCGAGAACAAAAAAAAGAAGUAUGCCUAGACUAGUCAUAGUUUGGAAUCAACUGUCAAAACAAGUCGAAUAAGUUCAGAUAAAC